GUUAUGGCAUGACUGACAUGUAUUGUGUAUAUGAUAUUUGACCCAAAAUAAAAAACAAGAAAAUUCAGAUUCUAUUAACUUGUUUUCUGACCCCCGUUUAAUUACACUGCAACUGCUUUCACCUGUCUUCUUCUUUACCUUCCUUCCUUGUUCACUCACGGAUCAUAGAUUCCCAACGACUUUUUCUUCAGAACAAAUUGGAAUCAUUUUCCUGGAAUUUGUGUCUUUCCAGUUUUUAAAUUUUUGUAGGAGAAUAGUCCCCAUUGUUUGGUGUGUUGAUCCUUUUGAGCAACAGCAUAGAGAGACUCCCAUCCAUGUUUGUUCUACUGAAUCAGCAACCAUGAGAGCUUCCUCCCCAGCUCCCAUUGAGCACCGACACCGCCUUUCUGCUUCUGCCAGUGAAGACUGUAACAGAAGAAGGCCCCAGAGGAACAAGGAUUUUAAAGAUAGGAACUUGAAGCCCACCUUGAAGCUUGUGUUGGCUGUUAUCAUACUGGGGACUUUUCUCACACUCUUCUUCUCUCCUGGUGUUCAUCAUUCAGAUCAUCAAUCCCGUUCCGUAUCUAAGUAAGUCCCUAUUGGCUGAUUACCUUGCUUUUACUUAUUACCCAAAUUCUGAUGAAGGUUGACAAAAAAGAGUGUUGCUCAAGAUUUACGUUAUGUAUCAUCUGUAGAAACUAACUGGGAUGAAAUUUCUGAUGCUAUUGAAAAUCUGACGGACAAAAAGGAUUAUCAGGGAAUUGGCCUGUUAAACUUUAAUGACAAUGAGAUUGACCAUUGGAAGGAGCUGUUGCCAGAUUGUGAGCAUGUUGUCCUACGCCUCAACCAUGCGUCAAAAAACAUAACAUGGGAAACCCUGUACCCUGAAUGGAUAGAUGAAGAGGAAGAAUUUGAAGUUCCUACUUGUCCCUCUCUACCAAAGCUUCAAAUUCCUGGCAAACCUCGGCUUGAUCUGGUUGCUGUUAAGCUUCCCUGCAACAAGUCAGGCAGCUGGUCAAGAGAUGUGGCUCGGUUGCACUUGCAGCUUGAAGCAGCAAGGCUGGCUGCAGCUUCCAAAGGGUAUCACCCAGUGCAUGUGCUUUUGGUGACAGACUGCUUUCCAAUCCCAAAUUUGUUUACUUGCAAAGAGCUUGUCAGACGGGAAGGGAAUGUUUGGCUUUAUGAACCAAAACUGAAUACGUUGAGAGAUAAGCUGCAGCUCCCUGUAGGGUCAUGUGAGCUGUCAGUUCCUCUCACGGCUAAAGAAAGCUUUUACUCGGAAAGAGCCCACCGAGAAGCAUAUGCAACAAUCAUACAUUCUGCCCAUGUAUAUGUUUGUGGAGCCAUUGCUGCAGCUCAGAGCAUCCGUAUGUCUGGUUCAACGCGAGAUCUUGUAAUACUUGUUGAUGAAACAAUCAGUGAGUAUCAUCGUGGAGGAUUGGCAGCUGCUGGGUGGAAGGUUCACACGAUCCAAAGAAUCAGGAACCCUAAAGCUGAACCAGAAGCAUACAAUGAAUGGAACUACAGCAAAUUCCGUCUUUGGCAGUUAACUGAUUAUGACAAGAUCAUUUUCAUUGAUGCUGACAUGCUUAUACUCAGGAACAUUGACUUCCUGUUUGAGAUGCCAGAAAUAUCAGCGACAGGAAAUAAUGCUACUCUGUUCAACUCCGGUGUGAUGGUUAUCGAACCAUCAAAUUGUACAUUCCAGCUGCUCAUGGAUCAUAUAGAUGAAAUCGUCUCCUACAAUGGUGGAGACCAGGGUUAUUUGAAUGAGGUAUUUACAUGGUGGCACAGGAUUCCAAAACAUAUGAACUUCUUGAAACAUUUCUGGGAAGGUGAUGAGCCAGAGAAAAAGGAGAGGAAAACUCACCUCUUUGCAGCUGAACCUCCAAUCCUCUACGUCCUCCAUUACCUGGGCAAUAAACCAUGGCUUUGCUUCCGUGACUAUGACUGCAAUUGGAAUGUGGACUUUCUGCAGGAGUUUGCCAGUAAUGUCGCACAUAGAAGGUGGUGGAAAGUGCAUGAUGCUAUGCCGCAAAACUUGCAAAAGUUCUGUUUGCUUCGGUCCAAGCAGAAGGCAGCACUUGAGUGGGAUCGGAGACAAGCUGAAAAAGCAAAUUACAGUGAUGGUCACUGGAAAAUUAAGAUAAAAGACAAGCGUUUAAAAACAUGCUUCGAGGAUUUCUGCUUCUGGGAGAGCAUGUUAUGGCACUGGGGUGAAAAGAAUUGGACGGAUAAUGCUACUGCUACUCUGUCACCACCUGCACUUACAACUGCAUCCGUCUCUUCUUCGUGACUUGUUUCGCGUCACGUUUUCAUACUUCAUACCGAGGACACAAAUCAAAACAUGGUGCAUGCUUACAAAUGCGCGAAAGAAAAGCUUAUCUCCUUAAAAUUCAGUUAGCAUCUAGUUCAACAACUUCCUUGUAAUUCAUUUUAUAGUCAUUAUUCCUAAUACAUCAUACACCCAUUUUCGCA